AUGACAGAAUCACAAGAAAACACAGGUGAACUCGGAUGGCCAGAGUUCAUAAAGACAAGAGUGGUGACAACCAUCACUUACUCGGGUGUCUCUGACAGACUUGACUUUUUGAAUCAUUCCCUACUGAUCAGACUUCGUAGAAAGGAUCUUCCUGUCGAAGCACUCGCUCCAUUAUUGCAAUUGAUCUUUCUCACCAUUUCGCGUUACAACGACAGAGCAUCUCGCAUGGCUAUCAUUGAGGUCAUCAAGGAGCUCAACAACUGGAACGCUCCUGUAUUUCAAAAGAUGAUUGUGCCUGUCAUUGCCAGAGAAGCCGAGAAGUUUGGCAAACGCAAGCCUACAGGUGAAUGCGUUUCACCCGCAUCAGAUCGUCUGGUCUUGUUGAAUUGGGUCAAUGUAUUGCUAACAUGUGUUUUGAAAGAAGUGACAGUGGAAGCAGCCAAGGCUAACACCAUAUUUGCUACCAUUUUAAACGCACAAGCAGCAUUGAUUGAUUCUUUGGUCGAUGACAGUCGAAAGAGUAUCGGAAAGAGUGCUGUUGCAGAUGUCAGACGUACCAUUCGACUCAACGCCGACGCAAUUCCCACCAUGAUGGACGUCGCUCUCGCCAACGCCACCACUUGCACACCUUCAUUCAAAAACGCCGUCUUGAUUGGCAUCAUCAUAGAUGUCAGCUUGCGUCUCAAGACUCGCUCAGAUGGAAAAUCCAUGGUGGAAGACGCUGAAGCUCGUUUAACCGACUAUUACCUCAAGAAUAUUGUCUCCUCCAGAACUGCUGUUCACACAGCUGCAUUGGAUUCAUUUAACGAUUUCAUCACGCACAUUGUUACCAAGCCAAAGUUCGAAGCUGAAUAUUUGCCCGUGCUUGACAAGAUGAUGCUUCGAUCUCCCGAGAUUGUAUUGCUGGCUUUGGCUCGCAUUACACCUGCAUUUUCAUUUGAUCCUUCAUCCAUCUUUGCUGCCAAAUGGCUGGAACCUUUGCUCAACCACCUCAGAUCUACCUCACCCACUACUGUCAAGGGAGCCAAGGCAUUGUGGGAAGCAUUAGCACAAGUGUGUCGUGAAGCCGAUGCAUUGAUCAAGGUUACUGAGGGCGUAUCCAAGCUCUUGACCAGUGGUAAGGUCAAUUCAUGGGAACACCGUGUCAUCACGUAUAAUGCAUUAUCUUCUCUUGCUCAAGCUACGGAGCCUGCUGUCAGUCAAAAGGCCUUGGAGGGUUAUUUCACCAUGAUUGCCAAAGAAGCACAUGAACAAGCCAUGGCUGCUGCUGUAGACGGUGUAGGCAGACACCUGACUGUAUUGAUCUACAAUGACGAGUUUUGUUCUGCCAACAAGGAAUUUGUGGAUAAAGUAGUCAAGACAUCUACAGACGGUUUGAAUGCUGCUAAACCCUUGGCUAGAAAGAGCUGGGCCAAUGCCGUCGGUACCACAGUGUGGGAUCACAAGGAUGCCACAAGUGCUACGUUGAGCGCUAAUAUCGUCAAAUACUUGCAAGCUUUGUUCAAGACAUUCAACAAAAUUGUGGACAAGCCCUUAAUGUGGAAGGAUGGACCUGUGGAAGCCUACGUCAUGAUUGCCAUUAUUUCUGGCCGCAUUCAGCACUGGCCUACUGUUCCUGAACCUGUGGUUGAUCUCUUGAAGGCGCAAAAGUAUCCCUCUCAAGUCAUGAUUUCUCAACCCAAGCCCAGUUAUCUGUUAUGGGAUCGUAUCUACACAAAGGCAUUGACUGCAGAAGAGGGUCUUUGGCUUGUGAGAGCUUUGACCAGUGUCUUUAUGGAGGAAACACAAGAAUCAUUGGAGAAGACAGGUGCUGGCCAUUUAGCAGCUCAAGCGCUUGUUUGGAUCAUCACCAGUCAUCCUGAUCACACUGUGCGUCGAUCUGCCUAUCAAGAAGUGUCCAGUAUGGCUGCCUCUGAACCCGUCAAACUGGAUCAUUUCAUGAAGCAAGCUAUCAAGCAGUGGCUGUUGGAUAUCGAGAACAAUGUCAAGGAUUCCACUGCUGUUUCUGCUGUCAAUGCAGACACUUAUAACAAGGAAACUGCUACCUUCCGUCUCGCUGCUGUACUGAAUGCCAUCACUUCCUACGACAAGGAUUUGCAAGAGUCCGUCAAGGGCGUUGAAUUGAUUGACAUGCUUAUCUUGGCACACCACACAUACAUUGCCUCCCCCACAAACAGAUACAACUGGAUCACUUUGGUGCAACGUGCUAAUGUGGAUCCCGGCAAGUUGGUCAGAGAAAAGAGCAGCAAGAUAUUUGAUAUCUUGAAGAGCACUUUAGAGGCUCGCAGUGAGUCUGAACUCUUUUACAAGGCUGCACUCUCUGCCAUCUCUACCUUGGCAUUCAUUUCGCCCGACACCAUUCCUGAAUUCAUUGAAUUAGCCAACGAAAAUCUCGCACCCGAUUUGAUGAAGGACAUUGGCGAAUUGGAAAGCAACAUUUGGAAGUGUCCUGCUGAUAUCGCCUUUGUCGACGUGCUCAAGAAAGACAAAAAGACAGAAAGUCGUAGCAACAGAAAGGGCAAUAAUGACGAUCAAUGGGAAGAAGAGCUUCGUGCUGAAUUAGCUAAAAAGAAGGGUUUGGCUCAAAAGCUGACCAAGGAAGAGCAAUUUGCUGUUAAUACGCAAUUGAAAAAGGAAGCUACUAUCCGUGCCAAUGUGCAAUCUAUCUUUGAAAAGGUGACCCUUGGCUUAGACAUUACGCGUGCUCUUAUCUCUGGUAAUGCUGAAGGUGUGGAGGAAUAUCUGGUGGAUCUUAUUCGCAUGCUGUUGGAUGCUGCCAAGCACAAUGUGGGUCUCUUGGUGGGCAACGUGCUAGUCGACACUUAUCUUCAGUUGGGUGAUUGUGUGGUGGAGGACAUUCAACCCAUCCGUGAUGCUAUUGCUUUGGCGGCACUGCGUUCCAACAAGAUUCAUCCUAUCCCAUCUCGCUGGUUAGAUGAGCCUCUUGGUGCGCUUGUGUCUCGUGUGCUGUAUCGCUUGCGUUUCAUUACAGAAUCCCGUACCUUGCCGCCUGCUUCCUUCGGUUAUGUCUUCCCCGUGCUCUACCAAGUCAUUGAGCAAGGUGCUAUUGAAUGUGACAAGAACGAUGAGGCUGCUCAAGAGCAAAUUGUGAUGGCCAUCGAUAUCAUUGGCUUCCACUGCACUUUGGGCGACUCUCUCAUGAUGCCUCGUCAAGAGAUGAUUGACAUUCUGUUGCGUAGUAUCAAGGAAUACCCUGCCAGUAGCAAAACAGCCAAGACAUCGCUUGUCACUCUCUGCGAAACCAUGGCCGAUAGUGUCUCCUCUGACGAGAUUAAUACCCUGCUUGAAGGUCUCUUGUCCUCUGAAGUGCUUGUACGUACUGCUGCUCUUCAAGGCUUGGAGCUCCUGGACCUCACAGACAUCGACUACUCUCCUCAACUCUGGGUUGCCUGUCAUGAUGAGAAUGAAUCCAACGCUGAAUUAGCUAACCAACAAUGGGAGGAUAACGCUAUGGAGGUGGACGAAAACUUUAGAGAUCAAUUGUUGACCUAUAUCGUUUCUGACAGUAAUUAUGUGCGUCAAGCUGCUAGCAAGGCUCUUGCCGAUGCUGUGGAAGAGUAUCCCGAGGCUGUUUACGACACAUUGCAGGCCAUUUAUGCCAGAUACCAAAAGUUGGCUGCUUCAUUGGACCCUGAAUACGAUGAAUACGGUAUGGUGAUUCCUGAAACCCUAGACCGUGCUGAUCCUUGGGAGGCUCGUGUUGGUCUUGCCUUGACCUUGAAGGCAGUGGCUCCCUUUAUGCAACUUGAAAAUGCCUCUGGUUUCUGUAAGUUUUUGAUCAAUGACCAUGCGCUGGGUGAUCGUCAUGAACAAGUGCGCAAGCAAAUGUUGGAAGCUGGUUUGGCUGUGAUCAACGCUUAUGGCAAGGUCGAUGUGGAGGAAUUCCUGGAAACUUUUGAAAACUACUUGAACUCAGAGACUGAUAACAGCGAUGUCCAAGAUCAUAUCCGCCAAGCCGUUGUCAUUCUGUAUGGUGGUGCCGCUGGCUACUUAUCUCCUGGCGAUGAGAAGGUCAGUACUGCUGUAGAAAAGUUGAUCGAGACCUUGGAUACACCCUCAGAGACUGUGCAAAGUGCUGUGGCUGAUUGUCUCCCUCCUCUCAUCAAAAUGUGCAAGGAUGAAGUGCCUCGUCUUAUCAAGGCUUUGUUGAGCAAACUCUUCAAGGGUGAAAAGUAUGCUCAUCGUCGUGGUGCUGCCUAUGGUCUUGCUGGUGUCGUCAAGGGUCGUGGUAUCACUGCCUUGAAAGAGUGCAAUGUUAUGAACAGCUUGAAGGAUGCCAUUGACAACAAGCGUGCUUAUGAAUACAGACAAGGCGCUCUUUUCGCAUUUGAGACAUUAUCUGCUACUCUGGGCCGUUUGUUUGAACCUUACAUCAUUCAAAUCAUUCCUCUGUUGUUGGUCUGCUCCAGUGAUGCCAACAUGGAUGUGCGUGAAGCCUCCACUGAUGCUGCUCGUGUGAUCAUGAGUAAGAUCAGUGGCCACUGUGUCAAGCUCAUCUUGCCCUCUAUCUUGGAGGGCUUGGAUGAACGUCAAUGGCGUACAAAGAAGGCCUCCGUCGAGCUUCUGGGUUCUAUGGCUUACUGUGCUCCCAAGCAGUUGUCUGUUUCGCUUCCCAACAUCAUUCCUCGAAUCUCUGAAGUCCUGGCUGAUACACAUUCUCAAGUGCAAGCUGCUGCCAACCGCUCCUUGCAACUAUUUGGUGAAGUCAUCAGCAAUCCCGAGAUUCAAGAGCUUGUGCCCGUCUUGCUAAAGGCCCUCUCUGACCCCAACGGAAAGACAGCUCCUGCGCUUACCGCUCUAUUGCAAACAUCCUUUGUGCAUUACAUUGAUCCUCCUUCUCUUGCUUUGGUUAUGCCCAUCCUGGAACGUGGUCUUCGUGAACGUGCUACCGAGAUCAAGACCAAGUCAGCUCAAAUUGUUGGUAACAUGGCCUCCUUGACCGAUCAAAAGGAUCUUGUUCCCUAUCUCAACAUCAUCUUGCCCGGUCUCCAUGAAGUCUUGGUGGAUCCUGUCCCUGCUGCCCGUGGUACUGCUGCCAAGGCUUUGGGUGCUCUUGUUGAAAAGUUGGGCGAAGAGAACUUUCCUGGUCUUGUGCUCGACUUGCUCGAUACCCUCAAGACAGAUUCUGGCGGUGUGGAUAGACAAGGUGCUGCUCAAGGUCUCUCUGAAGUCCUUGCCGGUCUUGGCUUGGAGCGUCUGGACGGUCUCUUGCCAGAGAUUAUCUCCAAUGCCGAUUCUCCUCGUGCCUAUGUCCGUGAAGGUUUCAUUUCUCUGUUGAUCUACUUGCCUGCUACGUUUGGUGCUCGCUUCCAACCUUAUCUUGGUCGUAUCAUUCCUCCUAUUCUUAUGGGUCUUGCUGAUGAAUCUGAAUACGUUCGCGAUGCCUCUCUUCGUGCUGGUCGAAUGAUUGUCACCAACUAUGCUAUCAAGGCUGUUGAUUUGUUGUUGCCCGAAUUGGAGAAGGGUCUGUUUGAUCCCAAAUGGCGUAUUCGCCAGAGUUCCGUUCAAUUGGUGGGCGAGUUGCUCUUCCGUAUCACUGGUAUCACCAACAAGAACAACGACAUGGCACUUGGCAAUGUGGAGGAGUUGGGUGACGAAGACGCUGAUGCCGUGCAUGAAGACUAUGGCGCUGACACCAAGAAGAAACAACUUGUGGAAGUCUUGGGUAAGGAGAGAAGAGACCGUAUUUUGGCUGCAUUGUAUAUUGUCAGACAAGAUGCCUCUGGCGUGGUCAGACAAGCCUCUCUUCAAGUUUGGAAGGUGCUUGUUUCCAACACACCUCGUACUCUCAAGGAUAUUUUGGCUGUCAUGAUGUCCAUGAUCAUCAAGACUCUGUCCAGUGAAGACUUUGAACAGCGUGCUGUUGCUGGCCGUACGUUGAGUGAAAUUGUACAGAAGUUGGGUGAAGGUGUACUUCCUGAAAUUCUGCCCAUCUUGGAAGAAGGCAUGGCCUCCGACGAUGAUGAUAUCAGAUUGGGCGUCACUGUUGCUUUCAGUGAGAUCAUGACCUCUGCUGGCAAGCUCCAAGUCUUGGACUUUGCUGAUCAAAUUACACCUGUUAUUAGAAAGGCCUUGUGUGAUCCCUCGGAUGAAGUGCGCGAAGCUGCUGCUCAAGCCUUUGAUACCCUCCACCAAAAUGUGGGUGCCAGAGCCAUUGAUGAUAUCCUUCCUUCCUUGCUCAACAAGCUGCAAUCCUCUGACGAAUCCUCUGCUUAUGCCUUGUCUGCUCUCAAGGAGAUCAUGUCUGUUCGCUCCAAUGUUGUCUUCCCUGUCCUUAUUCCCACUCUCAUCACAGUGCCUAUCAGUGCUUUUAAUGCGCGUGCAUUGGCCUCCUUGGUCACUGUGGCUGGACCUGCUCUCAACAAGCGUUUAACUGCCAUUCUUGAAGCUUUGGUGGAGACACUCAUGGUUGAACAAGAUGAAGAGACCAUUGAAGCACUCAAGGCCACUACAGAAGCCUUCUUGUUGUCUGUCGAUGAUGAAGAUGGCUUGCACACCUUGACUGUCACCUUGAUGGAAUACGCUCGUGAUGACGACCCUGCCAAGCGUGCUAUUGCUUGUGAUAUCACUGCUCAGUUCUUUAACGAGUCUGAAUUGGAUGCCACUUACUACGUCGCCGAUUGGAUCCACUUGUUGAUGCUGCUUCUGGACGAUCCGUCUGAAAAGGUCAUUGAAUCUGCUUGGAACGCUUUGACAGCCGUGACCAAAUCCUUGCCCAAGGAAGAAUACGAAGAGUUGGUCAUUCCUACACGUCGCGCCUUGACCACCAUUGGCGUUGCUGGUGUCGACAUUCCAGGUUUCUGUUUGCCCAAGGGUAUCAGCUGUAUUUUGCCCAUCUUCUUGCAAGGUUUGAUGUAUGGCUCCACUGACGUGCGUGAACAAGCAGCACUUGCUGUAGGUGAUUUGAUUGAUCGCACUUCUGCAGUUGCACUCAAACCAUUUGUUACUCAAAUUACGGGUCCUCUUAUUCGUAUCUUGGGUGAUCGUUACCCUGCUGAGGUCAAGGCAGCCAUCUUGCAAACAUUAAGCUUGAUGUUGAAUAAGGUGCCCAUGCAUCUCAAGCUUUUCUUGCCUCAACUUCAACGUACCUUUGUCAAGUCUUACUCUGAUUCAACCAGUGAUGUUGUGCGUGAACGUGCUGCUGCUGCAUUGAAGGUCCUCAGCACAUUGCAACCUCGUGUAGAUCCUACUGUAGCUGAAAUUCUCAAGAAUGAAAACCUUUAA